CAAACUACCAUAAAGACGUCAAGCGUAUCAUGGUUCAUUUUUUUGUCGUGAGCGUGAGUGCAAGUGCUUUAAUAUAACAAACGAUUUCAAGAAAUUGCCGCAUUUAAUUUGGGCCUGGCAAACGCGCAAACAUUUGCGCAGGGCGUUCAGUGUGCAAACAACGCUCCCCGGCCGCCGACUAAUCCCCCCCUUCCCCCUGACGCUGGAAUUUUUGUGAUUUUUUUUUUUUUUUGGUUGUCGUCGCCAUGUCCGAUUACAGCGACCUGGAUCGCCAGAUCGAGCAGCUGAAACGCUGCGAGAUAAUCAAGGAGAACGAGGUGAAGGGCCUGUGCGCCAAGGCGCGCGAAAUUCUUGUCGAGGAGGGCAACGUGCAGCGCGUCGAUUCGCCGGUAACCGUUUGCGGUGAUAUCCAUGGCCAGUUCUAUGAUCUGAAGGAGCUGUUCAAGGUGGGCGGCGAUGUGCCCGAAAAGAACUAUCUGUUUAUGGGCGAUUUUGUGGAUCGCGGCUAUUACAGUGUCGAGACAUUCCUGCUGCUGUUGGCGCUCAAGGUGCGCUAUCCGGAUCGCAUAACGCUGAUACGGGGCAAUCAUGAAUCUCGCCAGAUAACGCAGGUGUACGGCUUCUAUGAUGAGUGCCUGCGCAAGUACGGCUCGACGGCCGUCUGGCGCUAUUGUACCGAAAUCUUUGACUACCUCAGCCUCUCGGCCAUUAUUGAUGGCAAGAUAUUUUGCGUGCACGGCGGCCUGUCGCCCUCGAUACAGUAUUUGGAUCAGAUCAGGAGCAUCGAUCGCAAACAGGAGGUGCCGCACGACGGUCCCAUGUGCGAUCUGCUGUGGAGCGAUCCCGAGGAUCAGACCGGCUGGGGUGUAUCACCGCGCGGCGCCGGCUAUCUAUUUGGCUCCGAUGUCGUCUCACAGUUCAAUCGAACCAACGACAUCGACAUGAUCUGUCGCGCCCAUCAGCUGGUCAUGGAGGGCUUCAAGUGGCACUUCAAUGAAACCGUGCUGACCGUCUGGUCAGCGCCCAACUAUUGCUAUCGCUGCGGCAAUGUGGCUGCCAUAUUGGAGCUGAACGAGUACCUGCAUCGCGACUUUGUUAUUUUCGAGGCGGCACCGCAGGAGAGUCGCGGCAUACCCUCAAAGAAGCCACAGGCCGACUAUUUUCUCUAAAAUGCGAAUGCGCAGACAUGAUACAAAAAAAAAGAAAAUAAAAUAAAAACGGAAAAAAAACCCAAGAGAAACGGGGCACGCUCCGCACGGAUGAACUGAUCGGACGGACACUCGGAGCGCUGCAACAUUGAUAACUGCCUGCCUGCCUCAAGCAACAAGAAAUUAAUCAAUUAUAUACAACUUGGAAACCUUAACAUUUAAGGCCUCAGCGACACAGACACAAUUCACAAAUCACAAUCCAACCAAAAGUUAUCGAUGCCGAUUCCAGAAAAUAGUUUCAACAUCUUUGCACACACAUUUUUUCCGGGCUCUCCGCCCGAAUCCAAACCAUUUUCCACUUACUUUCUAAGCAUAUAUGAACACACACACACACACGUAUAUAUAUAUAUAUAUAGAUAAUUAAGACGUUUUUUUUUUUCUUUCCAUUUCAUAUAUUUUUCGUAUUGCCCAUUUUGUCGUGUGUCUUUUGUACUCUGUCUAGCUGAUUAGCUGAUUUACUAUUAGAUCUAGAGC